AUGGGGGACGAAAAGAAAUCAUCAGUUUCCAAGAAAGGCGCCAAGAAAGCUCAGAAAAAGCCACCGCCGAAGAGCGGCAAGAAGAGGAAGAGGUCCAGGAAGGAGAGCUACUCCAUCUACAUCUACAAGGUGAUGAAGCAGGUCCACCCGGACACCGGCAUCUCCUCCAAGGCCAUGAGCAUCAUGAACUCGUUCGUCAAUGACAUCUUCGAGCGCAUCGCCGGCGAGGCUUCCCGCCUGGCCCACUACAACAAGCGGCAGACCAUCAGCUCCCGGGAGAUCCAGACCGCCGUGCGCCUGCUGCUGCCCGGGGAACUGGCCAAGCACGCCGUGUCGGAGGGCACCAAGGCGGUGACAAAGUACACCAGCUCCAAGUGAAACUCCGCCCCAGUGGAAAUAACACCCAAAGGCUCUUUUCAGAGCCACCCACAGCUUCUGCGAGAAAGCUAAACCAUCGCUUGCAGUUGAAUUGUUUUGGUUCCCAUGCAAUGCGCCUCGGUGUAUCUUAACUACCGUAAUUACCCGUUUCGAUUCCAAAGUUUGAGGGUCAUAUCGCCCAUUCGGACUUUGUCUUGUUGAUAAUUCACUACUUGGCACUGACUCUACG